AUGUCAAAUUCGAACAGAAUCUUGAUCACAGCCGGCCCGUCCCAAUUAAAAGCAAUGCUAGAAUCCACCGCUCCUAGGAAUGUGAGGCUUUUUUUCCCUAAUACCAACUUCAUCAUUCAAUUCGAGAACCACACGGCGUAUCCGAAUCCUGGUCAUUUCAUGUUAUACCCUGGUGGUAUCUCAAAAACAGAGAUCCUCUUGUGCUAUGGCGGGGUGGCUUCCACGAGUAAGGAUGGUCCCCUUGCUGGCAAUCAUUCUUGGACGAUCACGGAAGGGGCCUAA